AUGGCCGCCGCCGCCGACAAUGACGCCCGCAAGGACCGAAUUAUAUCACACAUGAACCGCGACCACACGCGCGAGAUGAGCCACUACCUGCGCCACUACAACAGCCUGUCCCGGCGCGAAGCCGCCCUCCCCUCGCUGCGCGACGUCUCCCUCGAUGCCAUGCACAUUCGCGCCGGUGGCCUCAACCACGAGGUGCCCUUUGUCCCGCCCCUCACCGGCUGGGACCAGAUGCGGCCGCGUCUCGUCGAGAUGGACACCGUCGCCCGCCGAGAGCUAGGCGUCAGCGACAUUGUCGUCACAACCUACGCGCCGCCGCGGCCCGGCCACUGGGUCAUCCUCCUGGCCGUCACCUUUUACUUUGUCAGCGCCGCGACGCUGCCCUGGACCGGCCCAGGCUCGACGGCUGCGAGCCUGCUCGACAGGGGCUUCCCCGGCGGCGCCGCCCUGUUCCGCUGGCUGGUCAAGGUCAUAUUCGUGCCCGUCUUGGGCAUCCACAUCGCCGAGUGCUACAUGCUAGAUCGCCUCCGCCUCAGUCGUCACGGUGUGGAGCGGUUCACCGGCAUCUGGUUCCUCUGGGAGAUCAGCUGCUUCCUCGAGGGUUUCAUGACAUGGCGUCGCUUUGAUGAGUUGGUUGCUGAGAAGCAGAAGCAAAAGGACGCGAAAAAGCAUUAG